AUGAUUUUAUUUGUGCAUUCGCAUUUCGCAGUAUUCGCAACCGCGAUCGUCUGUUUGUUGUUUACUCGCGUCACCGACGAGUUGUGUCGCACUGGCAAUACAACUAAUUUAAAAAACCACUUAAAACGUAAACAUCCCUCUAUUAAUUUUGAUGCCACCAUACCUAAAGUUCGCAGAAAUUCACUGCCUACAACAAGUACAACAGGUGACGAUAAUGAAGAUGAUCCUAAUAUAGUAUUACCAGAGACUCAUGAUGCUGAUUUGGCAAAUGAAAUUAUCAGUAAAGCUAACAAAAUGCAAUCAACGCUUCAAGAUUCAACACUAGUUUCUCGUCCUCAUUCUUCAAUGACUUCAACCUGUUCCAAUUCAGAGUUUUCCGAUUCUAUGAUAAGUAGAACACUUGGAGGUUCCAAAACCAUAGCAAUAACUGAUGCGAUAGUGUACAUGAUCGCAAAAGAUAACAUGCCACUUUCGACAACUGAGAAACCUGGUUUUAUAUACUUUUUGAAUAAAGCAGCGCCAUUAUACAAAAUUCCAUCUAGGAAAACGGUCACCUCACUAAUAAAGAAUAAAUAUGAAGUUUUGUCAUCUCUAGUCAAAUCCAAAUUAUCCGGUAUACAAUUUAUGACUAUAACGGCUGAUAUUUGGACUGAUAUCGUGAACACUACUAGUUAUUUGGAACUGGCUGAUAGCCAUACCUCAGAACAUAUUAGUGAUUGGUUUGAAAAAUUGCUUAAAGAUUGGGGGAUCUCUAAGAAGCAAGUACUAACUGUAGUAACCGAUAAUGGUUCUAAUAUUUUGAAUGCCGUAAAAAAAACAUUUGGAAAAAAAAAACAUUUGCCAUGUUUUGCUCACACCUUAAAUCUUGUCACGCAAAGACCUUUAAAUGAACUUAUCAUCGCCAGUGAUGAACUAAGAAAAGUAUGCGAGUUUAAGCUAAAACAAUCAGUGCCUACUAGGUGGAACUCAGUUUAUUAUAUGAUUGAAAGGUUUCUAUUAUGUUCAAACCACAUUGCAUCUAUAUUAAUCACCAACAGUCGUGGACCUUCAAUGCUAUCUGCAACUGAAAUAGACAUAGCUAGGGAAAUAAAUAUUGUACUUAAACCUUUUGAAGUAGUGACAAAAGAGUUAUGUGGGGAAAAAUAUAUCACUGGUAGCACAGUUAUCCCCCUAAUCCAUUGCCUCUUAAAAAAAUGUGAAAAAAUAAAUAUAAAUAACUCUGUUGCAUUACAAUUAAAGUCUGCCCUUUUAGAAAAUUUACAAAGGCGAUUUGGUAGGAUGGAGGAACUUCAAAAUCUUACAAUUUCCACCUUAUUAGACCCUAGGUUUAAAACACUUCAUUUAAAUAACCCACUGGAAACCUCUAAAGCCAUUCGUACAGUUCGUCUUAAAAUUAUAGAUUUAAAAACUAAUUCUAGUGACUAUAAUGUUUCUAAUAAAGACUCUAGUGAUGAUGAUACCGAACGGGCUGAUAGUUUGUGGUCUUUUCAUAAUGAAUUGGUCUCAAAAAAAGCCUCGGAAAAUUCUGAAGACAACAAUGAGCGUAUGCCAACUGAUUUAAAACAUUUCUUAAACCAACUAACAAUAUCCUUAAAUGAAAAUAUAAUUAAAUUUUGGAAUGUACAUAAAACAAUGUAUCCUCACAUUGCUAAAGUAGCUGAGCCUUAUUUGUCAAUAGUGGCUACAUCAGUUCCUUCUGAGAGAUUGUUCUCCAAAGCAGGUAAUAUUAUGAGCGCAAAACGAAAUAGAUUGAAGGGUGAAAAAUUGCAGCAUCUUUUAUUCCUAAGUUCGCUGAAUUUAGAUGACUGGCAUUUAAAAUGA